AAGAUGUAAAUCCCCAGCUCACAACCCAGAGGGAUUUUAUUUGAAAGUGUGGCUGCAUGGAAAGCCUGCUAACCUGCUCUCCCCAGAAGGUUGGCUGAAGGAUGGGAGCGGCUGCGCCUGCCUCUGAGGUCACAGCUUGAAGUCCUUUCAACUUGCCUUCUGCUGCAGGAUUGAGGCGGAUUGUGGCAGAGCUGGUCCUGCAUUUACUCACAUGGACAAUUUGCAAUAGAUAUUAUACCCAGAAUGGAAAUACAGCUAGUCGAAUAGAUUAGGUGUUUAAUAUCGUCCAUCUGCCAUAAAGCUACAGCUUCUUUUUCCUCUUUGGAAUAUUAAACCAAAUACAAGAUGAAAAUGUGGUUGCUGGCCGGUUCUCUUGUUCUAUUAUCUUUUACAACUUGUCUAGCAGAGUUUACGUGGCACAGAAGGUAUGGUCAUGGAGUUUCUGAAGAAGACAAAGGAUUUGGCCCAAUUUUUGAAGAGCAACCAAUCAAUACCAUUUAUCCAGAAGAAUCGCUGGAAGGAAAAGUCUCACUCAACUGCCGGGCAAGAGCUAGCCCUUUUCCAGUUUACAAGUGGAGAAUGAAUAAUGGGGACGUGGACCUGACGAGUGACCGGUACAGCAUGGUGGGUGGAAACCUUGUCAUCAACAACCCUGACAAGCAGAAAGACGCUGGCAUAUAUUACUGCUUGGCCUCAAAUAACUAUGGGAUGGUCCGGAGUACAGAGGCAACCCUGAGCUUUGGGUAUCUUGAUCCUUUCCCACCUGAGGAACGUCCUGAAGUCAAAGUGAAAGAAGGGAAGGGAAUGGUUCUGCUCUGCGAUCCUCCAUACCAUUUUCCAGAUGAUCUUAGCUAUCGCUGGCUUUUAAAUGAAUUUCCUGUCUUUAUCACAAUGGAUAAACGGAGAUUUGUGUCUCAGACAAAUGGCAACCUCUACAUCGCAAACGUUGAGGCUUCUGACAGAGGCAAUUAUUCCUGCUUUGUCUCCAGUCCUUCCAUUACGAAGAGUGUCUUCAGCAAAUUCAUCCCACUCAUUCCAAUCCCCGAACGAACAACAAAACCAUAUCCAGCUGAUAUCGUAGUACAGUUCAAGGACAUAUAUGCACUGAUGGGUCAAAAUGUGACUCUAGAGUGUUUUGCACUUGGAAAUCCUGUUCCUGAUAUCCGAUGGAGGAAAGUGUUAGAACCAAUGCCUAGCACUGCUGAGAUUAGCACCUCGGGGGCUGUCCUCAAGAUCUUCAAUAUCCAACUAGAAGAUGAAGGCAUUUAUGAAUGUGAGGCUGAGAAUAUUAGAGGGAAGGAUAAACACCAGGCAAGAAUUUAUGUUCAAGCAUUUCCAGAAUGGGUAGAACAUAUCAAUGACACAGAGGUUGACAUAGGCAGUGAUCUCUACUGGCCUUGCAUAGCUACAGGAAAGCCCAUCCCUUCCAUCCGAUGGCUGAAAAAUGGAUAUGCGUACCAAAAAGGGGAGCUUCGACUAUAUGAUGUGACUUUUGACAACGCUGGCAUGUAUCAGUGCAUCGCAGAAAACACUUACGGAGCUAUCUAUGCCAAUGCUGAGCUGAAGAUUCUGGCUUUGGCUCCAACUUUUGAAUUCAAUCCAAUGAAGAAGAAGCUUCUGGCUGCUAAAGGAGGAAGGGUGAUCAUUGAGUGUAAACCCAAAGCUGCACCGAAACCAAAAUUUUCCUGGAGCAAAGGAACAGAGUGGCUUGUCAACAGCAGCAGAGUACUGAUUUGGGAGGAUGGGAGCUUGGAAAUCAAUAACAUCACAAGGAAUGAUGGCGGUGUCUACACGUGCUUCGCAGAGAAUAACAGAGGGAAAGCUAACAGCACGGGCACCCUUGUCAUCACAGAUCCCACACGCAUCAUCCUAGCUCCGAUUAACGCGGAUAUCACUGUUGGAGAGAAUGCCACCAUGCAGUGCGCAGCAUCCUUUGACCCCAGCCUUGACCUCACCUUCGUGUGGUCCUUCAAUGGUUACGUGAUUGAUUUUAACAAGGAGAAUGUUCACUACCAGAGGAACUUCAUGCUGGAUGCCAAUGGGGAGCUCCUCAUCCGAAAUGCCCAGCUAAAGCAUGCUGGAAGAUACACGUGCACUGCCCAGACCAUUGUAGACAAUUCUUCAGCCUCCGCUGACCUUGUUGUGCGAGGUCCCCCUGGCCCACCAGGUGGUCUGAGAAUAGAAGACAUCAGAGCCACUUCUGUGGCACUUACCUGGAGCCGUGGUUCAGACAAUCACAGUCCUAUCUCUAAGUAUACUAUCCAGACCAAGACCAUUCUUUCAGAUGAUUGGAAAGAUGCAAAAACAGAUCCCCCAAUUAUUGAAGGAAACAUGGAGGCCGCAAAAGCAGUGGAUUUAAUCCCAUGGAUGGAGUAUGAAUUUCGUGUGGUAGCAACCAAUACAUUGGGCAUAGGAGAGCCCAGUUUACCAUCAAACCGAAUUAAAACAGAUGGCGCUGCACCCAAUGUGGCUCCAUCUGAUGUAGGAGGCGGGGGUGGAAGCAACAGAGAGCUGACCAUUACAUGGGCGCCUUUGUCAAGAGAAUACCAUUAUGGCAACAAUUUUGGUUACAUCGUGGCCUUUAAGCCAUUUGAUGGAGAAGAAUGGAAAAAGGUGACAGUUACUAAUCCAGACACUGGCAGAUAUGUCCAUAAGGACGAAUCCAUGAGCCCUUCCACUGCCUUUCAAGUCAAAGUUAAAGCUUUCAACAACAAAGGGGAUGGGCCUUACAGCCUCAUCGCUGUCAUUAACUCAGCACAGGAUGCUCCCAGUGAAGCCCCUACAGAAGUUGGUGUUAAGGUCUUAUCCUCUUCUGAGAUUUCAGUUCACUGGAAGCAUGUUUUAGAAAAAAUAGUGGAAAGCUACCAGAUUCGAUAUUGGGCGGCCCACGACAAGGAAGCAGCUGCACACCGGGUUCAAGUCCCCAGCCAGGAGUACUCAGCCAGGCUGGAGAAUCUCCUGCCUGAUACUCAGUACUUUGUGGAAGUGGGAGCCUGCAACAGUGCUGGUUGUGGACCUUCAAGUGACGUGAUUGAGACCUUCACCAGGAAAGCGCCUCCCAGCCAGCCGCCAAGGAUCAUCAGUUCUGUAAGGUCCGGCUCCCGCUACAUCAUCACCUGGGACCACGUGGUCGCACUGUCCAAUGAGUCUACAGUGACGGGAUACAAGGUCCUCUACAGGCCCGACGGGCAGCACGACGGCAAGCUGUACUCCACGCACAAGCAUUCCAUCGAGUUGCCCAUCCCCCGCGACGGCGAGUACGUGGUGGAGGUUCGAGCGCACAGUGACGGCGGAGAUGGGGUCGUGUCUCAAGUCAAAAUUUCAGGUGCGCCUACCCUGUCUUCAGGACUUCUCGGCUUCCUGCUGCCUGCCUUGGGCACCCUCGUCUACUUGGAAUUCUGAGUGUGGCACGUGUGCCAUCUGCGGUGGCCAGGCCAGCCAAGGUCGUGCUCCAUCCUGGGAUGACUGCAACUCCUUCCAGUUCCCUGCGGCUCCAUCGCAAGUCCAACAAAUCAUACGCCAACCAACUGCCCAGCUGACGAAGCGUGAGGACUGAGGCAUUCAGGAACCCUUCAUCCAAAAAAAAUCAACUUUUGACAAAUGGAGAUCAAAUGAUUUUUAACUCGUUCCGAUAUGCCUUAUAAACCAUUUAACCUGAUUCUGGGACGGUUGCAUGAUUUAACCCAAUGGGACAAGUUACAGUGUUCAAGUCAAUACCAUAGGCUGUAGGGGGAGAGGCAGAUCACCAGACACAGGUGCUUUCAAUUUAAUUACAAGUUGUGAAAUAGCCUAGAGGUUGAAAUGUUGAUCGUACGUGGUAAAUGUAAGAGUAAUACAGUCUGUUAAAUUAUCCUCUCUGUCCAGGGCCUGCAUAAUUCUCAACGGCCCUGAUCAUCCAUGACAUUUUGAAUUCUCUUGAACAUUAAAAAAAAGAAUGUAAUGCUGAAGAAGUUGAAAGAUCUUGAAUAUCAAAAAUCAAAUCAGUAUUUCUUCUUUUUGAAGUUAUUUUCUAAAUAGUUUAUUUUUUUCCAGAAUCAGUGAUAACUUUUCAGUUCAUACUCUAAUGAUAAAGUUCACAUGCCAUCUGGAGAUUGUUUUUUGUUUGUUUGUUUUUACUUUUAUAUUGUACUCUGAAAUUAUUUUAUGCUUUUUUAUUUCAUUAAUAUCAAGCCAUCAAUACACAACUACGGCCCCUCUCUAGAACAUCAUCCUCUUGCUGUAUUUAUUCAUAUGUGGAAUGAUGAAUUUUAAGAAAUAGAGUGCUUCCAUUUUUUUAAUUGAGAUGUGACAGUCUUUAUAUAGUUAGGAAGAAAUAAAUAACAGUUAGUAAAGAUUAGAAUUACAGAAUAAUAUUCUAGUAUCUUUGUUUUGUGCCUCAUUUCUAAAGUAAAAUCUUUCUUUAUUGAAGGUACGGAAUCAAGAAGUCAUCAUCUGUAGACUGAAAAAUCUACAGAAUUUCUUUUGUUAAAAAAAAAAAGCAAAUUUGAAGUUCAUUUCCCGUUAUAAGGCAAUACUGAAAGCUGGCUAAAAAUACCAAACCAAUAUAUUGUGAAUGGUACUGUGAAGAAUAUGCAAAAGAGGAAAGGCCAGGGAGAGACGGUUUUUUGUCUGACACUGUCUCCCAAGCAUUGGUGCUUCAGGUUUUUAUAAAUUGUGAAAAGGAAACACACACAUUUCAUCAUUCUCCAUAGUAUGCAUGGAAAUGUGUUUGAGCGUGGAUGAGGAAGAACUUGAGUAAUAAAGAUUUAGCUGGCUGGUGAAAUAGUGCAAUAUAUGAGAGGUAUAAUCCUAUUUUAUUAGCACAACCUUGGGAGCUAACUAAAGAUAGAGUUUAUCUUUUUAGAAAGGAUUACCUUAUAGGUUCAUAAAAGAAUAUUUACAAGAAGCAAAAUAGAUCUUUUACGACUUUACCCCUUAUCUUUAAUUUGUAUAAUUUUUGUACUAUAUAACUAUGUGUAAAUGUUUCAGAUCUUCAUUAUGAAAAAUCCCAAUAAAUAUUUCAUUCAUUUACAUACUUAACUCCUUGUUAUAAAAUGCCAACUUUUUUAAAUCCUUGAAAUGGAUGAUUCCCACUCCCCAGUAGAAAUAGGCCAACAAUCUUAAAUCAUUGCCAGAUUUCAUUAAAUAGUAAUUAUUUGGAAAAGAAAUGAAUGACUUCAUACUUUUGUGAAACAAAUAUUCUGGUAAAGCCUUCUGUACAAGUGUUUGUGUUUUCAUCGCUACAUCUUGGGGUUUUCCGUUUGCAAAGCAACCCAUGUUGGGCAUUUUUUUAUAUCAUCAACAAUGACAUCUUUUGCCAAGUGCAUGCCUGCCUUUAUUUUUUAAUGUAUGGUAAUGAAGAGCAAAACUGGGUAGAUUUUGCAUGAGCUGGUUGAGAAAGGCAAGAAGAAAAUGAACAUUGGAGGUCUAGUUUUAAGUUUCUGACAGAUAAAAUAGACUAAAAUCUCUCAUACCUUGAAAACUGAAGCUUCCCAUUUCCUUUACCCCAUUGUGAAGACUUUUACUGGGACCAUUAGUUUUCAGCUGUUGUCAAACUAACCAAUGUAUCAUAUGCUUUAAGAUGCAAGAUUCUUAAUUAAACUUUAUAGAGAUAGAGACUCAUCUAUUGUUUCUUUGUAUUCCAGGAAAGGUGAUAGUAGUUUUAUUUGAUACUGAUAAAUUUGGAUUUUUUUAGUUAUUUUUUAUCAUUUUUUUUUCCAAUGGAGUAGUACAGGACCAUGGUUUGUCCUUUUUAUGAAUGAAUACAAAUUAUAAAGAAAUAAAUGUCUUACUGUUACC